UCCUCAUGGCAGAGUGAAAGGAGGAUUCAUGAUGAUGAUAAACGAAGACCACUUUCCUUAGAUUUUGGAUUCCUUCCCUACCUGCACCAGUCUGAUGGCUUUUUUCAUUCACUUCUGCACCUGUAUGGUCUUUGUCUUGGUAUCUGUACUUCAAGUCCAGGGACAGAGUGAAUACUGUUCUGUGGAGAAUGCCAGUCCGAGUAUUGAGGAGAACAACGCUCCUGGGGUCGUGGUCACCAACAUUACGGCAGCUGCUGGUGUCACUGUAACAAUUGCUUCAGCAUCAGGCACACAUCCUGAGUAUUUUGAGAUAAAAGACUCACAACUUAUCCUGAAACAUUCAGUGGAUUAUGAGAAUACAACAGUACUACUUGUAGAACUAAAAUGCUGGAGCGGAGGUAUAGAGGAACAGAUUCUGAUAGUUAUGGUGACAAUUCUCGAUGUCAAUGACAACCCUCCUGUCUUCAGGGAAACUAACAUCACGGUCAAUGUUAAUGAGGACACGAAAGUGAAUACAAUUGUUGUACCCCAGGCCGAUGUAACAGCAACUGAUGCUGACAUAGACGAUGUAAUAUUUUACGAUCUUACAGGAAGUCCAAUGGCAUUAGAAUAUUUCAAUAUACAAGGCGUUAAUAAUCCACAGAUUUCCUUGCUCAAAGCCCUGGAUUAUGAAACAAUGAAUUUAAUGGAGUUGACUCUAUAUGCUAUGGAUGGAGAUGCACAUGCAUCAGAUACACACACGGCUACUGCAGCAAUAACCAUACACAUCCUACAGUCGGAUCGCAGACCUCCCUGGUUUCAGCCAUGCACUCUCUUUGGAGGCCACAAAAUGUGCAUUAACCAUGGCUACACAGGCAAAGUCAAUGUCUCACAGAAUGUGAUUGGGCCCUUGAUCCUGGAACCAGGACCCCUUUAUGCUAUCGAUGGGGACAAAGAUUUGAAUGAAAUUAUUGUAUAUGAAAUAGUUGGUGGAAACGAUGACAAUACAUUCACAAUAGGCAACUCUACUGGAAACAUAACGAUGAACAAGCCUGUUGACAAACUAAAGACAUUUGUGUUGUAUAUUGUGGCUUCCCAAGAAAACAAUCCAUACAGAUAUUCUCAAACUACAGUAGAAAUCAAAGUUGUGCAUAGAAAUGACCACAAACCUGUUUUUGACACUACUUACACGGGAACUGUGUCUGUAGACUUGCCUGUUUCCAGCUUGGUCAUGGAGGCUGGAAGACCUUCAGUACCCUUGAAGAUUUUUGCACGUGAUGAUGACUUUCCUGACGGAAUCAAUCCUGACAUUAAAUAUGAAAUCCAAAACAGCAGUGAUUUUAAAGUCACCUCCGAUGGCUUUCUCCUGACUACUGCAAUUUUGAAUGUGUCCUCCACUAUCACACUUUUGGUUAUUGCUAACGAUACCGUGGCUCAGCAGGAAGCAAGCACUUUGAUUACUAUAGAUGUCCUGCCUUUGGCAACUACAACAAUUCCAACUACUACUACUACUACCACAACCACCACUACCACUACCGCCACCUCUACAAUAUCAUUCACUGCUACCCCAGGGAUAGGGACAACUACUUCAAGGACUUCAGGUCCAUUCUCCAGUUUAUCCCCUGGAAUAAACAGCACUCUACCUACAGUUUCCUCUUGGUCUACUGCUUCUACAUCAUCACCCGCAAGUACAACUAGGAAUACUGGCAUUACGGAGAGUACCGGAAAACCCAUAACAGCUCCAGGGCCUGGGGGACCCACACCAUCAGCACACCCUACUUUUAAGUCUACCACAUCAAGUACAACUUCUGCAUCUCCAGGACCUGGGGGACCCACACCAUCAACACUUCCUACUUCUAAAUCAACUGCAUCAAGUACAACUUCUGCAUCUCCAGGAUCUGGGGCCACCAUACCAUCAGCACACACUACUCUUAAGUCUACCACAUCAAGUACAACUUCUGCAUCUCCAGGAUCUGGAGGCCCCAUACAAUCAACACGCCCUACUUCUAAGUCAACCACAUCAAGUACAACUCCUGCAGCUCCAGGACCUGGGGGACCCACACCAUCAACAGUCUCUACUUCUAAAUCAACCACAUCAAGUACAACUUCUGCAUCUCCAGGAUCUGGGGGCCCCAUACCAUCAACACGCCCUACUUCUAAGUCGACCGCAUCAAGUACAACUUCUGUGCAUCCAGGACCUGGGGGACCCACACCAUCAACACGCCCUACUUCUAAGACUACAGUAUCAAGUACAACUCAUGAAACAUCAAAACCUUUAGAAUCAACAAAUGUUCCGUUGGAUAUCUAUAAACAAGAUAUGGCUGUUCUGGGUGGAACUUUGGGGAGUUUGUUGGCAAUUACACUAGUGCUGCUCGGAUUGAUCUCCUAUAAAUAUUACAAAUUGAAAAAUGCACCUGGAGAAGAUGACAGCAAAUUUACUCAAGGUUUUGUCAAUGAGACCUUUGAAAAAGAUGAGAAACCUAACUCAGACGGAAAGGGUGAUGCUCUGCCAGCAAGCUUAGAGGUUGAACACGACAGCCCAGGAGCCCCACCUCCUUCGGAGAAGAGCGUGGAAGUCAGCUUGGCGUCAGCUGCCCCUGAAGCAACUGAAAAUGAAGCCAAAAAUGAGGACAGUGAAAAGGAAGUGAAGUCCAUCCUUACAAAAGACAGGCGGGUGGCAGAUGAUGGCUACAAAUCAGUGUGGUUCAAAGAAGACAUUGACCCAGAUGCUAAGGAUGAUGUUUUGGUGAUUGGAGAUGAACCAAACAGAAAUGAUAGUGACGAUGAUACUAAUGAGGAGGAUGAGGAUGAGAAUGAUACUGGCAGAGAUAGUACUGAUGUUGCCAUCAUUCCAGGAAGAGCUCAUCUAUCAGAGGAUCAAUCACUUUUCAGUGAGUCUCUUAAGAAUACGGAAGAAAACAGCGUUUAUUUGUAAAGUUAAUGAAGUAAAAUGUCCUUUCCUUGUGUCUUUCAAUGUAUAGCUCGACUAGGGUUUGUUGAAUGGUUGAGUUCUACUCAAUUCAUGUGAAACAUAGACUGAGAUAAGCCAUGUGUAAUCUUAUCUCAGAGAAUAUGGGAACAAAUCAUCCUUCUCCAAAUAUAAAUCUGAUCAGAAAGAUGUUUUCGGGAAUCAUUGUGUUCAAGAUAAGUAUGAUCAUAAUACAUAAUGUCCAGGCCUUUCUGGUGAACCUUAUGCAGAAAAUCCCACAUGAACCAGAAAGUUCAGCACAGAACAAGUAUUUUUGUGGCAGGCACUCUAAGCAAGGGUUAUUGAUUUACUUUAAGCAAAUAGUGGUUAUUCUCAUGUGAUGAUUUGACUAAUAUGGGACUGAAGCGAACACUGUAAGGAUGGUGAGACUUUUGAUAUCCAUGUGCUAGUCUUCUGACAAAACCCAGUAUCUGGAAGAGCUAUUUAGCAUUGUAGUGAGCUGGUCAAGGGACACAUCUGGAAUAGCAGUUAUACAGAAAUAUUCAUGUAAACCAGAAGGAACAUAGAACCUAAUUGUGGGAUUACUGUUUUUUAAGAACAUUGUCCUUAUUUGAGAGCCAGUGUAUUGUAGUGGUCUGAGCAUUGAACUACAACUCUGGACACUAGGACUCGAUUCCCCAUUUGCCCAUGGAAACUCAUUGGGUGACCUUGCAUGAACCACACAUUCUCAACCCUAGAAAAUCCUAUGAGUGGUUUGCCUUAGGGUUGGCAUGAAUUGGAAACAACCUAAAGGUACACAGCUACAAUAUUAUAAUCUACUGAAUGCACUUGGAUGCAAGAGCCAUGGUUUUACCUUAUUCCCUUAGACAAGUUUCCCAUUCUCAGCUGUGGUUAUCCAACUGUAAAAAAUAAAGUACCAGUGGCAUCUCACUAGGCAACUAAAAUGGUGAUGUUGAUAACAAUCAUAUGCAUGUUUAGUUAGGGAUGUCCAAUUGAGUUCAAGGCCACUUACUCCAAGGUAAGUGAGUACAGAAUGUAAAUGAAUGGUCUCAUCCUAAAUACAUGCCCUAGAAAACAGCUGACCAGGAAUGGGACUUGCCCUUACAUAAACCGGUAUCGGCCUGAGCUGUAGAAUUUUCAUUUAGAUAAGUAGUCGCAUUUUUUUGCUGAAUGGCUUUAUGAUGUUGAUCACCUUCAUAUAAUAAUUUAUUCAUCAAGAAAAUGAUAUAAAAUCUUACAGUUUGUAAUAUAAAAGUUGAAGUCAUACAUUCAAUUCUAUUAACAUCAACAGGCUGAUACCAACCACUCCUUUGAAAUGACUAAAUAACAUGGAGAGAAAAAUAGCAUAUUUCCAUCUUGUAGGUGUGAUUCAUUUCAGAAUGAUGAUAGUGACACAGAAAGAGAAUGCUGUAGUUAUCUCAAAAAGAAAAAAAGAAAUACAGAAAUAACUGACAGAAAAAUAUUUUCUCAAUUUUUAGAAUUGUCCUUCAGCUAAGAAUUAUGAAUUAAAAGAAAAAAAUGGAUAAAUAAUGAACUUACUUUUUUUACUUAUUGUAACAAGAGUAAACAAGGCCCCACUCUUAGAAAAACUAAGCUAUUUGAUUGUACAUUAAAAGAAGGCUAUGAGAGAUUGGAAGAAGGCUGACCAUUUAAUAACAAACAGCUGGGUAACUGGGAGGAAUGUAGCAUCUGAGGAUGCGGCUGAGAGAAAAGGAUUGGAAAGGAGAAGGCUGAGGGCAGGGAGGAAGACGUGGUCAGAGAGAAAGAUUUAGAGCCAUGCAUAUUGCUCUUGGAUCUGUCUGAUAAGAAGACGCAAUAAAUAUUUUGUGAGGAUUUUUGUAAGCUUGCCAGGUGAUGUUGGUGGACUCUUGGUUAGUGUUUUAUUUGAAGAAGUAAAUACCAUGGAAGUAGACUGAUCUGUGACACUUAUAUAAAAAGACAUUUUAAAAAUAAAAUCAAUAAUUGGCCUUUAAUCUAAUUGUGACAGCAAGAGGGGAAAGCGGAGAAAUACUGUAGACAAAAGCUCCUCCCAGUUAUCAAAGAAUGGAUGAAUAAUGUGUUUCUGCAGCAAGUUGACAAGUUGUGUUUGAAUUAAUGAAGGUAGACAAAAGAUUAAUAUAUUCUCUGUAAGACAGACUGCAAAUGUCAAUUAGAGAGAGAGAAAAUAAAUUAACAUCUAAAUCAUGCCAAUUAUUUAGACUCUCUGAUAAUUAUGUGAAGGGAGAAUAUAAUGCUUAUUGGCUAGUGUUCAUUUUAGAAAAUAUAAGCUACCUCUGUAUAAGACCUCCACCAAUACAAAUACAUUAAAGUUUAUUUUUAAAUAUAAA